AAUGUACACUAGGCCUUCAUGAUAUCAGUUAUAAAAUACCGUUGAUUUUUAAGAUAUUUUAUUCAGUAAAACAACUUUUCUUUAGAAAACAGGCUACACAUAUUUGGAAAACAUACCAUUUAUAAUGACAGGAAUAAUUCUGUGAUAAAAGUCACAAUUCUUAUUUUUCUUGUUUGUUAUACUGUUUUAAAAUCUCAUGAAAUCUGCUAUUAAGAUAACCUAAUGAUAUUUUUAACUAUGCAUGAUUAUAUCGUUAUUCUGUCUUAUAUCUUAUCGGCUUGCCUUUUUUAUUGAGAACUCGUUCAGAUUUACCUGACCAUAAACCAAAACUUUCUCUUUGCAAAUGGGAGAUGAUUUUACAGCAUGAUAAAUGUUUUACAAGACCAUUUAGUUUAAUCUAUUCUUGCUAGUUCUAGUAAUGCGUUUAACUUAAGAAACGAAAAUGUAUAGCAGAAAACAUUAUUAUUUUAGUUUAUACGAAUUCAAGCAUACAAUCAACCCGUUCAGAGAUAUAGAAUGAUUAUGACAAAUAGUUUCCACAAAAAAUGAAAAUAAUUCCCGUUGAAUUUUGAUUCUGUUAAUUAUUACAUUACAUUUAAAAGACCAAUAUGGAUCGGUUGGCAUUUGCAAGUUAGCAUUUUUUGAUUUCAAAACACUCGCCAUAUAGCGGAUUCAGCAACUCUGCCUUGUUUCAGGUGGAGUUUUCUCCCUUCUGUCUCUGUCGUCCUAUCCCUCGCUGGCUUCCAGCUCCGGUGCCCUACCUUUGGAUACGUCACGUAGCUCUGGGCGUACAAAUACCUCGCAGUGAAGUUUCCCAGUGAAGCUAAAUCUGAGCACAGUUAUAUCUGCUAUGAUCCGAAGCAACAGCUAGUUAUCUCCUGAUACUAGGUAGGGCUAUAUAAUUAUUGCAUACCAAAAAGCGAGUAUUAGGGAAGGAACGGCUUUGACAUUCCGCUCACUGGUUUUGCAAAACGAAUUCCUGCUGUUUACUGGAGGAUUUACAAGGACUUAGGUGACUUUCGCAGACCUCCCUGACGUAAACUGACACAGAGAGAAGAAAAUAUGUUUUAAAGACACCGUAAGGCAAGUCAGGAGUGGAAUACAGAACUGGUCAUCGCUCUGCAGAACCAAUCACAAGAGCUACCGAGAAGAGUUUGGAAACUAUUUUAUUAUACAAUUGUUUACAGACGCCCUGUCAUUGGAAUAGACUCAUUAUUCCUUCAAUAUCGUCCCUUCAACUUAUAUAAAAAGUGAAAGAAGCUGCGCCAGAAUGUACCCGAGUCUGGCACUAAGCUCGAACCAGUCACCAUACGCUCACGACAGCGGGAAUUACAUACACCCUUCGGCCAGUUCUCCGGUUUAUGUGCCCACGACUCGGGUACCCACUAUGUUGCCGACAAUUCCGUACCUCCAGACUUGUGAGACUGCUCACCAGUCGCACGGCCUCGGCGGACACCACGGCUGGUCACAGACUGGCACGGACGGCUCGUCUUUUAAUCCGAGCAGUCCGCACCCGCCCCCAGGCUUCUCCUACUCCCACAGCCCGCCGGUGAGCAGCAGCACCGGCAGAGACACGGCGUACCAAAAUCCGCUGGUGCUGAGCAACAACGGCCGGCCGGAGCAAUACAGCAGCACCUUGGUGCGCUCGGUCGGAGGAUCCUACUCAAACCCCUAUGCGGCGUACAUGAGCCCGGAGAUGGCGACCUCGUGGAGCCCUGGACAUUUCGAGAGCAGCAUGAUUAGUUUUCAGGGACGACAAGCGGGCCUACAAACAAGGAGGUCAAGUCUAGACAUGCUGGAUGAGAUACCUGGCGAAGGGCGGGAGUGCGUGAACUGCGGGUCCAUCUCCACUCCUCUGUGGCGGAGAGACGGCACUGGACACUACCUGUGCAACGCCUGCGGACUGUACCACAAAAUGAACGGCAUCAACAGGCCGCUCAUUAAGCCACAGAAACGCCUGCAGUCAUCCUCCAGACGGGCCGGGCUUUGCUGCACCAACUGUCACACCAGCACCACCACGCUGUGGCGUCGAAAUGCAGAGGGAGAACCUGUGUGCAACGCUUGUGGGCUCUACAUGAAGCUGCACGGGGUACCUAGACCCCUGGCAAUGAAGAAGGAAGGAAUCCAGACCCGGAAAAGAAAGCCGAAGAUGACAAAAUCCAAAGCCUCAUCAGGCCCAGGGUCAAUCACUCCUGGUACCAGCUCCCCCUCCUCCCUGCCAGUCUCUGAAAAUGCCUCCACCAUAAAAAGCGAGCCCAGUAUGGUGCCUUCACCCUAUGCUGGACAGACUGUAGUUUCCAUCUCACAGGCGUCGUCACAGCUGGACACUCUGAGUUCUGGUCAAACGGACAUCAAAUUUGAGGACUACAGCUUCACGCCCACGUCCUCCACUCCGCAGAACUCUUGGUGUGCUUUAUCACUGGCGUGAGCGUCCCUUACCACUGUGCACACAGGACUCACCACACCCAAGUGUCUGUGACCAGUGCCAACACUGCCUUAGUUAUUACAGUGAAAGACUGAAACAAUCGAUUGCAGUUAGUAUAACAAGCCUAGUAACGUUUGCCUUUUUCGUUCUUGUACCUGUGGCAUUUUGAAGUGGUACAUUUUUGUUUUUUGCUGGAGACGACCCUGUGCUGAAGGUAUUAUGGGCUGUAAAAUUGAAAGAAACAGAAGGAGAAAAAAACAACAGUUUAUUACCUCUGAACCUGGUUAUUGUUAUAGUGUAAAUAAUUAACUUUGUGAGAACAUAAUAUUUAUGUUAAAAUAAGGGCAGUAAAAGCAUAAAGGUGUGUGCGUGGAAGUAAUAUUUGAGCUUAGGUCGCUGUCUUUAGUUGUAAAAGUUAAAAUUGUCAGUAGAUUCCAGUGAUUAUUUUAUUAUUAACAGUAUUAUUGAUUGAUGCAAAAUACCAAUGCAGCUUGUCUUUAAGUUUGGUUUAUGGAUUUCAGACACUUUUGUGUUUUUCUACCUACUCAACUCCAUGCCUGUUUGAGAGUAAACGAAGUGUGUAACUAUUGUAAAGAAAGUCCUCCAUCCUCAGAUUAAUCACAUUACGUAUAAAUGAAACACUGUGUAUUUCUUUAAUUUCAAGUGCAAUGAAUAUUAAUACCUUCCAGGAGGUGACGAAGGGUGAUAAUGAAAAUGGUUGAAUUUUGUUAGAAACUAAAUUUAUUUUCUCUACUUGAUAAUAGAAUGUUAAUGUUAUUAUAUUGCUUUACAAAAGUGCGUUGGCUUGUUUUUCUUUCGGUUUCACAAGCUCAGGAGCUUCAGUUUAUAUGAAUAAAAACAGUGUGGAGGAACCGUUAUACACCAGCCUGUGGGAGAAACGCACUCUGUCAGUGUUAAUGGGUAAAAUGUAUAUCAAACGGAGACAACAGAGCACGCUGAAGUAAAUAAUCUUUUUAAUAAGAAAGAAUUAUAAAUAUUCUUGUGGUUAGCU